UGUCUCUACACCUGGAUUAAUGCUUGCUUCAUCUUGCUCCCUGUGAAACAUUUAAGAUGCACUCCAUGCCUAUAAUGGCUAUGUUGAAGAAGAUCCUUAUCCUUUGUCUACUUCUCCCAUCAGUGAGGACUAUAAUCACCAGAUUCUUCCCGUGUGACACGGAUGUUAACAAUACCACAGUGGACUGCUAUGACAGAUCGAUCACGCAUAUCCCCCACAUCAAGUCUAAAACUGUCAUUUCAAUCAAUUUAAGUAAGACUAAGAUACAGCAUGUGGAGCAGGAUGCUUUUUCAGGUGUUCCAAACCUCAACUCUCUGAAAAUAAUGGGAAACUGUCAACCAGGUCACCUGAGACCUUUGGAGGACCACUCAUGUGAGAUGAAGAUCGACAAUAACGCCUUCAAGGAACUACAGAAGCUUCAAUUUUUGUAUCUGUCUGGAAACAGCCUCACUUCUAUUCCCCUGUUACCUAAAAGCCUGAAGUUACUUGAUCUACAGAAUAAUUGUAUCUUCCACAUCGCUGACCCCCUGAAAACACCUUAUCUCGAACAGCUCUUACUCACAAAGAACUGCUAUUAUGCAAACCCUUGCAAACAGUCUUUUUACAUCAGCGAGAGGGUUUUCAGAGAGCUCCCUAAACUGAAAAAUCUUACCCUGGGUUAUAAUAAUUUGACUGCUAUUCCUAAAGGGUUGCCACCCUCUCUAGAGAGCCUGGACUUAAAGGAGAACACAAUCACAGAGGUCUUAGACAGAGCUUUUGCUAACUUGACUGUCCUCAAGUAUUUGAAUUUGGAGUGGAAUUGCCAGCGUUGUGACCACGCAGCCAGGCCCUGCUUCCCUUGCCCCAAUAAUCUCCCGCUUCACCUCCAUCCAAACUCAUUCUAUGCUGAAAACAGCUCCAUGCUUUCCUAAGCUUAAGAGGGAACUCUUUGAAAACAUUCCCAGAGGGUCUUUUCCAACCUUUGAAAAAGUUACAUGGAUUAGACCUCUCUGACAAUCUCCUGGCAUA